AUUUAUUCUGUGCAUGGAAAUGGUGGAAUGACGAUCCAUAAGAGAAAAUGAGUAAACAUGGCCAAUAGAUCUGCAAAGAAAGUGAAAAAGCCAUUACAAACAACUUUAGGAAAAGCAACCUGUCACGAUAAUGAGAAAGAUGUGGAUUUAUCGCACGUUCAAAAACCGAUAAACACAAGCGUUUUUGGUUUGAGACAAGUCCUGUCACUUUUUCAAACAGCUACAAAAGAAGUUCAAAAUUAUAUAACAUAUGAAUGUGAUAUUAUGUAUGAAUGUCGAACAUGUAGGACGAUAUUUCGUAGUUUGGCAAAUUUUAUACUUCAUAAACGGGACUACUGCCGAGAACGGUUCAGUCACCUAGAUCUUAUUAAUAACAAUGAAGAAAUUCAAGAAAACACUUGUUCGGAAAAUACACAAAAUAGUUUAAAUGACGAAUCUACUCUACUUUUGUCUGAUAAGAAAGAGGUUUCCGAUACGCUAACGAAAAAAAGUUUACUGCCUGUAAUUGAAAGAUUGAAAGAAAAACAAGAAAUAUGUCAGUUGGCACAAGAGGUUUUGAACCAAGAUUUGUCUUCGAAAGAAGAUACAGAGAAUUCCAACGACCCAGAUGCUACAAAUAAGAAUAAUGAUUUACUACUGGAAGAAAUAGCAACGAACAAUGCAGCAGUUUUUCAAACUGUUCUACGGAAGUUGCCAAAAAGAGACGCUAAAAAGCCAGAGUUUAUGAAAUCUGAGGUAAUGGAAAUUCAUGGAAUUUUGGAUAGCGAUGAAGCAGUUUUAGGACCAGAUGGAAAAAUAUGUACGUUUGAAACUAACAAAAUCAAUGAAAAUCCAAUUAUCCCAAAGAACGAUUUGUUUUGUACAGAAUGCAAUUUAAAAUUUUCUACUAAGAAAACCCUUACAUAUCACAUUAAAUACAAACACAACAACACCCGAUUAGUAUAUGUUUGUCCGGACUGCAAAGACACUUUCGCCAAUGCCUGGUGUGUUUAUAGACAUCUUUUUAAAAUCCACAGAAAGUCUUCUGCUCAAAUUAAAAGAAUGAGAGAACAGAUUCACAACAGCUGUGUUAGAAAAGAUCAGGAACCGAUGAAGAAAAAAGACAAGAAAUCUAACGAAAAAGUAGAUAAAACAGAUGAAGAAAAUCAGUGGCUAACUAAUAUUGAGGGAGAUAAUGAUUUUCAAAUGUGUGGGGGUUGUGGCAAAAGAUUUGAGAGGAAGGCCGCUUUGCAUUCACAUGCUCAAAUGUGUACAAAGAGGAUAGCAGUCUGUAAUACUAUAAAAGAAAACAAUGCCAAAAAGAAGGAAGAGGAGGUCCCCAAAGAUUUAAAAAGUAAAAGUACGAAAACUGAAAAAGUUGAAGUACUCAAAGGAUCGUUGAAGAGAAAACCCUACCUUUUAAGAACUUAUAAACCGAAUGAGGAGGAAAGUCACGAUAAUAGAAAAAUAACAUCGAAUAAAGAAGAUGAUGUCUGUGAUGUUAACGCAAAUUGUGAGAUAGUUGAAACCAACUGUGAUAAUAAGAAGGAUGUUGCAGAAGAAGAAGUAACACAUAACAUAAGAAAUUCUCCGUCGAGCCUUGAAGAUCUGUUGUCCCCUAAAAAAGAUUUUGUUAGCUCGCCAUCUAUAGAAAAAAUCGAUACUGAAAAAAUGUUGCAUAUUAUCGGUAUUACCACAGACUACGAAAACAGUAUGAAUGGAACUAAGUAUAGUUCCCAAUGUUCAGUUGACGAAAAGACUUCCAACUCUGACAAACAUUUAUCGAAAGAAGGUAGUAGGUCUCAUACUGCCAGCGACUUUGAUUUAUUUUGUCAAAGUGUAGCGGAGAGUUUACUUACGGAUACACUAGGUUCUACACCAGUGGAAAUAGAAGAUUUCCCCCAAAAAGUAACCAAAACUAUACCUUUAAUAUUACGAAGGAAAAAUAAUCCUAAACAGGAAAAAAAGAAUUCCAUUUUGGUACACAAUAAUGAAACACCCUUACGCAGUGACUUAUCAAAUGAGAAUAAAGCUAAAAAUCAUAUGAAAGUUCCUACAGAAAAUAAGGACAUUGCUCAAACAAAUGAUUCAAGCGAGUUAGAAAGUUUGCAGCCAAAUACAAGUUUUAAAAUAAGCGUUAAGAGCUUAGAAGAUUUAAUUGGCGUUUCACCUCAAGACCAUAAAAAGAAUUCAGAAAACAGAGAAAUUAAUAACGGGCAAAUUGAAAAGCAUAAAUCAAAUCAUGACAAUUUUACUGAACCUAGCUCUAAAGAUAUAUCAGACACUUUAAGAGCAAAUGUGUCACCAGAAAAAUUACAUGGAAGAUAUCCAAAAUGUCUCAAAAGAAAAAGAACAUCCUCAUUUGAUUUCACGGAAUCCAACAAAUUUUCUAAAUCGUCAAAAGGGAAUCUUAGUUCGAAUAAACAAGACACAAGUUUUAUUAGUAGAGCUUCGCCUUUUAUGGAUCAAAAUAAACUUUUAUGUGUACCGUGCCAGACAACAUAUCCUACCCUUUCCAAGUUGUUGUGGCACAUGUCCGCACACUUUUCAUGGUUUAGAUUUCAGUGCAGUCGGUGUUCCUUCAUUUCUUUCAACAAAUUGGAUUGUGCCAACCACGCAAAAAAAGUUCAUUGUGUAAAAAAGUCAUCGAUACAAAGUGUUGUUUUACCCAUUCCCAACUGGAAAACGGUUCUAAUGUCACACGACUUUUAUAAGUUGAACGAUGAUAAUGAUUUAAGUGGAAAACACACCGACGAAGUUCUAUCCCAAAAUCCGGAAGAAGCCGCCGUUAUCAAUGACUUGGAUGAAAACACACACAAAAAUGAUGAAUGCGACGAAUCCGAGUGGUCUAACAGAUUAUUUGUGGAGUCAAUAAACUUCGAUUAUGAACCAGAAAAUGACCCACUAGAACCUGAUCCUCCAAUAGGCUGCGCUAACAACAUCAAGCAAGAAAAUAUCGAUGUUGUCAACAACGACCAGGAGUCAUUUCAGAUAGAGGUACCGCAAGAAAUAUAUACGCUAGAUGUUUCAGAAAUAAUAGAAGGGGUAAAUUAUGAGGAAAGGAACCGCUAUGGUACAAGAAUUAAAAUAGAGGAAGUCGAUGAGGAAGAUGACUUGAAUAUGAGUAAUUUUAUCUCGAUAGAUCGAGAAAAUGAAGCAGCUUUAAUCGAUGAAGUUAAAAUUAAAACAGAAGUAACAUCGGAUAGCGAUACAACUGAUUUCAACGAGAGAAAUGAUGAGGUCAAUAAUUUUGAGGAUCAGGAAUGUUUUCAUAAACAUUCAGAACAAACUGUAAAUAUACGACCUACACGCAAUAGAACGAGAAGCAUAAAAACCAUUCAAGAUGAUUUCUUUUAUGAUCUAAGUAAAGUCAUAAAAUUAAAUGACACCUCUGUAAGUAAGUCAAACUUACAAAAACAUAAAAAGUCUGUGUCCCAAAAAAAUGCUAAAGAAUCUAACUGUUCCGGUGGUAAAAGUGACACUCAGCCGAUCAGAGUUUAUGCUAAAAAAAAGUAAAACUGUUUUCGUUGUUUGGUAAAUUUCUUUUAAAUUAUUAAAUGUAUAAAGAAGGGUUCUUCUAUUAAUUUUACUGUAUGAGAGUUAACGAGUAAACUUAAUGAUUGCUAUUUAUGUUUUAAAUAAUUUUAUUUAAUUUUUUUUGU